AUGACAUCCCUUGAAUCGUCUCUCCUUGGUGAGAAGCGGGAUGGAGCGAUUCGGCUGGGAUCCCGCCCGCCGGCGAAGGAAUCGAAUUGGACCUGGCGUCGUUUGAGUGCGAUUGGUCUGGCCAUUGUAACUGGCAUUGGAAUUGUCAGUCAUUUUGGCCAUGGCCGCAUUUACUAUGGUUACCACCGUCCCGGCUCAGAUAAUCGGACGUCUUCAAUAACCCCGGACGGAUGGACUGAGUGGUCAAACAUUACACCCAGCGACAAACUCAUCUGGCAACCAUGCUUCGCCGUAUAUGGCGGCAAUUUCCAAUGUGCUCGAUUGACAGUGCCUAUGGAUUACCAUCGACCUUUGAGCGAGUCCAAAGACAACCCAAAAGUGCAUAUAGCCCUAAUUUUGAAACCUGGUAUCAACCGUACCGAUGACCCGUCUUCCUACUCCGAAUCACCCCUGCUUCUCAACCCCGGCGGCCCCGGAGGUAGUGGAGUAAUAUUCUCCCUGACCGCCGCCCAAAAGCUUCAAACCAUAGUUGGCCAAGACCGCGAUGUCAUCGGGUUCGACCCACGAGGAGUCGGGAGUACGACGCCCAAAGCCGAUUGUUUCGCAGCAAUCGACGGCCCCUUUGAUCUCGACGAGCGGAAUAUUGCUCUCAUGAACCGAUUGAGUUGGGAUGCAUCGGGACACGACGUUGGUCUUGUUAACUCCAGCAACGUCGCCCUUAGCAAGCUCGACGUUCGAUCAAGAGCACUUUCCAAGCUCUGUAAACGAAUCGACGAGGCUGAUGGUGAAAAUAGUAUCUUCCGGUACUCAAACACAUUGAACGUUGCGCGAGAUAUGCUCUCCAUCGUCGACGCCUGGGACCAAUGGAGAUCAACCUCUGAUGACAAACGUGCUAACUGCAUGCAAGAGUCAAAGACCGAUGAUGAACCUCAGGAUAGCACCAAAGGGAAACUUGUUUACUGGGGCUUCUCUUAUGGGACAUUACUCGGUGCAACUUUUGCGUCGUUGUUCCCGGACAGAGUCGGCCGGGUUGUCUUAGAUGGUGUUGUCGACGCCGACCAUUAUGUAAACGCCGUUUUCGAUGCCGUCGUUGACGCCGAUAAGAUAUGGGAGAAGUUCUUCGUGUAUUGUGCCGAGGCAGGACCACAAUGUGAUUUCUUCCAGCUCGGCGACAGACCUGAAGAUGUCAAGAAGCGGUUUUACGAUACGAUGGCCCAGUUGGAGAAGGAGCCCGCGAUUGUCUUGCCAUUGCAUGCGAAUGUUCCUGUGUUGGUAACAGCUAGCGACUUCAAGAGGAUCAUAUUCUCCGCGAUAUAUGCACCGAACGGUGGUUUCCCCAACCUUGCUAAACUUCUUAAGGCGCUUGUCGAUGGCAAGCUGGAUGCGUUCGUUGCUAGCCCAACACCAGCGCUUCUAUGCCACAACUUAACUCUACCCGUAUGGCCCGACGACGCUCAGAAAGUAAUCGCGUGUAGUGACAAACGGUAUAAGCUCGACGAAGACAUCCCCAGCCUCCAGAAACGGUUCGAGAAGAUGGCCUCUCAUUCUUGGUUUGCCGAUCUUUGGAUGGGCGUGAAUCUCAAUUUGGGCUGUAACGGAUGGGAUAUCGAAACGAAAGAUCCGCCGAUGCGAUGGGACGACCACCCCAUUCACAAGCCGAAACCGAUUAACACAAGCUUCCCCGUUUUAUUCCUAUCCAACCAUCUCGAUCCCGUUACACCAUUACACGCCGCCUUGAAGAUGACGCGCAAGUUCUCGAAUGCAAGCAUAGUGGAGCAGAAAGCAGAAGGUCACUGCACCCUCGCGUGUGUCUCGCUUUGCACGAUAAACCAUAUCCGAGCAUACUUUGACAAGGGGGUCGUACCCCCCAAGCCGAAAUUUGACUCGGAUGACGAGGGCGAGUGGCCGACUUGCGAUUGUGACGAGAAGCCUUGGAAGUCGCUGAGCGGUAGAGCAUCAAUGGCGAGCCCGGGUAGUGACCCUCGGUCACAAGGGGACUACGAAUUACUACACGGCAAAACAGCUGAAGAGGUGGAGGUUAUGAUGGCGUACCACGAUCUACGCGACCAAUUCGUCAAGUUCCCGAUGUUUCAUGAUCAAUUCGAACACCACAAUCCCCUUCGAGGCGCACAUCUGAGUAGUUCGAUUUUCAGCAUUCGGGAGCAACACACAUGUGGGAAGUCAUAA